ACAGCGCGAUGGCGGCUGCUCCUUUAGGCAGCUGAAGGGGAAUUUAGGCCCGGGAGAUCCGAGUCCAUCCGCGGUGGGGAGAGGGCAAGCGGGGCCGGCACGGGCCGGAGCAGCAGCGGCGGUGCUCGCACUGUCCCAUCCGCCCCGUAUUGAGGCGCUGGGAGCAACGGGGCGACCGGAAAGCGAUGGUGAAAGCCGGGCCGUGAGGGGGGCGGAGCCGGACCGUACCCGCAGUAGCGGCAGCAGCGGCGCCGCCUCCCGGAGCGCAGACCCAGGAAGCGGCCGGGCGGGCAGGAGCGAGCCGCACCGCAGCCAUGGAGUUGAGGGUCGGGAACAGGUACCGGCUGGGCCGCAAGAUCGGCAGCGGCUCCUUCGGAGACAUCUAUCUCGGUACGGACAUUGCUGCAGGAGAAGAAGUUGCCAUCAAGCUUGAAUGUGUCAAAACCAAACACCCUCAGCUCCACAUCGAGAGCAAAAUCUACAAAAUGAUGCAGGGAGGAGUGGGCAUCCCUACCAUCAGGUGGUGUGGGGCGGAGGGGGACUACAAUGUCAUGGUGAUGGAGCUACUGGGACCGAGCCUGGAAGACCUCUUCAACUUCUGCUCAAGAAAGUUUAGUCUCAAAACUGUUCUAUUGCUUGCUGACCAAAUGAUUAGUCGUAUUGAGUACAUUCACUCAAAGAAUUUCAUCCACCGAGAUGUGAAGCCAGAUAACUUCCUCAUGGGACUAGGGAAGAAAGGCAACCUGGUCUACAUCAUUGACUUUGGGCUGGCCAAGAAGUACCGGGACGCCCGCACCCACCAGCACAUCCCUUACCGAGAGAACAAGAACCUCACGGGGACAGCUCGCUAUGCCUCCAUCAACACACACCUCGGCAUUGAACAAUCUCGAAGGGAUGACUUGGAGUCUCUGGGGUACGUGCUGAUGUACUUCAACCUGGGCUCUCUCCCCUGGCAGGGGCUGAAAGCCGCCACCAAGAGGCAGAAAUAUGAGCGGAUCAGUGAGAAGAAGAUGUCCACGCCCAUUGAAGUGCUGUGCAAGGGCUAUCCCUCUGAAUUUGCCACAUACCUGAAUUUCUGCCGUUCUUUGCGUUUUGAUGACAAACCUGACUACUCGUACCUGAGACAGCUCUUCAGAAAUCUGUUCCAUCGCCAGGGCUUCUCCUACGACUAUGUGUUCGACUGGAACAUGCUCAAGUUUGGUGCCAGCCGGGCAGCAGAUGAUGCUGAACGGGAACGCCGGGACCGAGAGGAGCGGUUAAGACACUCACGGAAUCCAGCUACCCGGGGCCUCCCUUCCACAGCCUCUGGCCGUCUGCGGGGAGCCCAGGAAGUGGCUCCCCCCACGCCCCUCACCCCUACCUCACACACGGCCAACACCUCUCCUCGGCCUGUCUCUGGCAUGGAACGAGAGCGGAAAGUGAGUAUGCGGCUGCAUCGGGGGGCCCCGGUCAACGUCUCCUCAUCUGAUCUCACAGGCCGACAAGAUACCUCUCGCAUGUCCACCUCACAGAAUAGCAUUCCUUUCGAACACCACGGCAAGUAGCCGCUCGUCUCCAUCGGAAGGCAGUGCCGGAUUCCCGGUCGGGUGGCUUCCAGUGGUCUUCAGUCUGUCGUGCACCGAUGAGAACUCUCCUUUUUGCUGUGAAGGGCAGACAAUGCAUGGCUGAUCUACUCUGUUACCAAUGGCUUUACUAGUGACACGCCCCCCGGUCUAGACCCAAAAUGUUAAUGCCGGGAGCUCUCCAAGCCACUCACCCAGCGAUGCUCGUGGGGAAUCAAAACACAAACUAAAUGGACAGGCUCCAAGAGCUGCCGUCACCAGGGGUUGCCACUGUGGCCCACGUGAGCCCUGGUAUCAUGGGGCUGGGAAGAAGAGCAGAAGCUGGGAGACCAUUGCAGAAAGAACCACCUCCCUGUGAAGAGCCUCUCAGCUCCCACCAGUGGUGGCGGACCUGCGCUCCCUGAUCCCACCGCAGCUGCCAGUCUUCAACUUGGUUAAGACAGUUUUGUAUCAUUUUGCUAAAAAUUACUGGCUUAAAUCUGUGUGAAGAAUCUGU